AUGCACAUGUAUACAGAACAAGUAAAUGAAGGAACCAAAACCGAGUUGUCAGUCACUGCUGAAUUAAUGCCUACCUCAUCAUGGAACAUUUCAAGUGAACUCGACAAAGAUUCUUACCUGACCCUGGAUGAACCAAUGAAUAACAUCACCACAUCCCUGGGGCAGACAGCAGAACUGCACUGCAAAGUCUCCGGGAAUCCACCUCCCACCAUCCGCUGGUUCAAAAAUGAUGCACCGGUGGUCCAGGAACCCAGGAGAAUCUCCUUUCGGGCAACCAACUAUGGAUCUCGGCUGAGGAUCAGAAACCUGGACACCACAGACACGGGCUAUUUUCAGUGCGUGGCAACGAACGGCAAGAAGGUGGUUUCUACUACUGGAGUCUUGUUUGUCAAAUUUGGGCCCCCUCCCACCGCAAGUCCAGGAUCCUCAGAUGAGUAUGAAGAAGAUGGAUUCUGUCAGCCAUACAGAGGAAUUGCAUGUGCGAGAUUUAUUGGCAACCGAACCGUCUAUAUGGAGUCUUUGCACAUGCAAGGGGAAAUAGAAAAUCAGAUCACAGCUGCCUUCACCAUGAUCGGCACCUCCAGUCACUUAUCUGAUAAGUGUUCUCAGUUUGCCAUACCUUCCCUGUGCCACUAUGCCUUCCCAUACUGUGACGAAACCUCAUCUGUCCCAAAGCCCCGCGACUUGUGCCGCGAUGAAUGUGAAAUCCUGGAAAACGUCCUGUGUCAAACAGAGUACAUUUUUGCAAGAUCGAAUCCCAUGAUUCUGAUGAGGCUGAAACUGCCAAACUGUGAAGAUCUCCCCCAGCCAGAGAGCCCAGAAGCUGCAAACUGUAUCCGAAUUGGAAUUCCCAUGGCGGAUCCUAUAAAUAAAAAUCACAAGUGUUAUAACGGCACAGGUGUGGACUACCGGGGCACCGUCAGUGUGACCAGAUCUGGGCGGCAGUGUCAGCCGUGGAAUUCCCAGUACCCCCACACACACACCUUCACAGCCCUGCGCUUCCCAGAGCUGAAUGGGGGGCAUUCCUACUGCCGCAACCCUGGGAAUCAGAAGGAGGCCCCCUGGUGCUUUACCUUGGAUGAAAAUUUUAAGUCAGACCUCUGUGACAUCCCAGCAUGUGAUUCAAAGGAUUCCAAGGAGAAGAAUAAAAUGGAAAUCCUGUACAUACUGGUGCCAAGUGUUGCUAUUCCCCUGGCCAUCGCUUUGCUCUUCUUUUUCAUUUGUGUCUGCCGCAAUAACCAGAAGUCAUCGUCACCACCAGUCCAGAGACAACCCAAACACGUCAGAGGUCAAAACGUAGAGAUGUCAAUGCUGAAUGCGUACAAACCCAAGAGCAAGGCUAAGGAGCUGCCUCUUUCUGCUGUACGUUUUAUGGAAGAAUUGGGUGAAUGUGCCUUUGGAAAAAUCUAUAAGGGCCAUCUCUAUCUCCCAGGCAUGGACCAUGCUCAGCUGGUUGCUAUCAAGACCUUGAAAGAUUAUAACAACCCCCAGCAGUGGACAGAAUUUCAACAAGAAGCCUCUCUUAUGGCCGAACUGCAUCAUCCCAAUAUUGUCUGCCUUCUAGGGGCUGUCACUCAGGAACAACCUGUGUGUAUGCUUUUUGAGUAUAUGAACCAGGGGGAUCUCCAUGAGUUCCUCAUCAUGCGAUCCCCACAUUCCGAUGUUGGCUGUAGCAGUGAUGAAGAUGGGACUGUAAAAUCCAGCCUGGAUCAUGGAGAUUUUCUGCACAUUGCAAUUCAGAUUGCAGCCGGCAUGGAAUACCUGUCUAGUCACUUCUUUGUCCAUAAGGACCUUGCAGCUCGCAAUAUUUUAAUUGGAGAGCAACUUCAUGUAAAGAUUUCAGACCUUGGUCUUUCCAGAGAAAUAUACUCAGCUGAUUACUACAGGGUGCAAAGCAAGUCUUUGCUGCCUAUUCGCUGGAUGCCCCCUGAAGCCAUCAUGUAUGGCAAAUUCUCUUCUGAUUCAGAUAUCUGGUCCUUUGGGGUUGUUUUGUGGGAGAUUUUCAGUUUUGGACUCCAGCCAUAUUAUGGAUUUAGUAACCAGGAAGUGAUCGAAAUGGUGAGAAAACGGCAGCUCUUACCAUGCUCCGAAGACUGCCCUCCCAGAAUAUACAGCCUAAUGACAGAAUGCUGGAAUGAGAUUCCUUCCAGGAGACCAAGAUUUAAAGAUAUUCAUGUCCGACUUCGGUCCUGGGAGGGACUCUCAAGUCACACUAGCUCUACAACUCCUUCAGGGGGAAAUGCCACCACGCAGACAACCUCCCUUAGUGCCAGUCCAGUGAGUAAUCUCAGUAACCCCAGAUACCCCAAUUACAUGUUCCCAGGCCAGGGUAUUACACCACAGGGCCAGAUCGCUGGUUUCAUUGGCCCACCAAUACCUCAGAACCAGCGAUUCAUCCCUAUCAAUGGAUACCCCAUACCUCCUGGAUAUGCGGCCUUUCCAGCUGCCCACUACCAGCCAACAGGUCCCCCCAGAGUAAUCCAGCACUGCCCUCCUCCCAAGAGUCGGUCCCCAAGCAGCGCCAGUGGGUCGACUAGCACUGGCCAUGUGACCAGCUUGCCCUCAUCAGGAUCCAACCAGGAAGCAAAUAUUCCUCUACUACCACACAUGUCUAUUCCAAAUCAUCCCGGUGGAAUGGGCAUAACCGUUUUUGGCAACAAAUCUCAGAAACCCUACAAAAUAGACUCAAAGCAGCCAUCUUUGCUAGGAGACUCCAAUAUUCAUGGACACGCUGAAUCUAUGAUUUCUGCAGAACUGUAAAAUGCACAACUUUUGUAAUUGUGGUAUACAGGACAAACUAGAACACCGUAGAAAAGAUUUAUAUUCAAAUGUUUUUAUUAAAGUUCUCUUUUAGCAGACAUUACAACAGGUAUCUUCUGUGAAGUUUAACUGUGUCUUAGCAAGGUGGAAAGACACCACCCAGAAAAAAACACUGUGGAAUUUAUGCUCCAUCAAGGUGCCUGACACGGCAUUGGGAUUGGUACAUAUGAUUUCAAGUACCGAAAACUGCAAACCAGUGAAGAGGAAAAGAACCUUGCGAUUAAAUAGCAAACCAAAAAAGAAAGUCAAUGGUGCUCUGUGUAUUUGCCUUUGGUCGCCAUGACUAGUCUCUCCCCAAAAUGUAUACAUCGUAGCAUUUGUCUACCUGCUGUCUUUUCUUCAGGACAGAUGUUCAGGAAUGAUACUGAUUCAAUUUAGACUCUAUGCAUGUUUAUAUGGAAGUGAUGUUCAGAAUAAAUGAGGAAGCUUUAGCCCAAAUUUGAGAUCCCAGAUGGAAGAAAAUGAGCCAUAAGACAAGUAUACAGAUUCUCUGAAGCCUUCUAUACAAUGGGGCUGCUUUGGGAAGGUGCAGAGUGCCUUUUUGUGAACCUCCUCUUCUGAUCAGAAAAGGCAGGUUCCACAUUUUCCUUUUCACAGUGUGCUUACCCAAGCUCUUGAAAUAACACAGGGCAUCGGACCAUAAGAAGACCAGAUGUGGAUGCUGAAAUUGAUUGUUGGUUGAUUAGUUCACUUUACUGCAUUAGGAAUGAGACCCCAAAGGAAACAGAGUCAGGAAAAUGGCCCCUCAGGCUAGAUUUGCAUCCUUAGGAGAAGAACAAGGGCUCCUAUGGAGACAGCCUCCAGAGGUACUUCCCUGGACCAAUAACACUGAAAAAUAGAG